GGCGACGCCGGCGAUGCCGUCGGGGAUGAGCGAGCACGGCUCCCGCUCCGCCGCCUCCCUGCCGCCGGACCCCGCGGACAUCAUCCGGAGCAAGGCCCGCUCCCGGAGGGUCAAGCUGAACGUCGGGGGGCUGGCCCACGAGGUGCUCUGGAGGACCCUGGACCGCCUGCCCCGCACGCGGCUGGGCAAGCUCCGGGACUGCAACGCCCACGACGCCCUGAUGGACGUCUGCGACGACUACGACCUGGACGACAACGAGUACUUCUUCGACCGCCACCCCGGGGCCUUCACGUCCAUCCUCAACUUCUACCGCACGGGCAAGCUGCACAUGAUGGAGGAGAUGUGCGCCCUGUCUUUCAGCCAGGAGCUGGAGUACUGGGGCGUCGACGAGAUCUACCUGGAGUCCUGCUGCCAGGCGAGGUACCACCAGAAGAAGGAGCAGAUGAACGAAGAGCUGAAGCGGGAGGCCGAGACCCUGCGGGAGCGGGAGGGGGAGGAGUUCGACGACGCCUGCUGCGCGGAGAAGAGGAAGAAGCUGUGGGACCUCCUGGAGAAGCCCAACUCUUCCGUGGCCGCCAAGAUUCUGGCCAUCAUCUCCAUCAUGUUCAUCGUCCUGUCGACCAUCGCCCUGUCCCUGAACACGCUUCCGGAGCUGCAAGACAUAGACGAGUUCGGCCAGACGACGGACAACCCCCAGCUGGCUCACGUGGAGGCGGUGUGCAUCGCCUGGUUCACCAUGGAGUACCUCCUCCGCUUCCUGUCCUCCCCGAAGAAGUGGAAGUUCUUCAAGGGCCCGCUCAACGCCAUCGACCUCCUGGCCAUCCUGCCGUACUACGUGACCAUCUUCCUGACCGAGUCCAACAAGAGCGUGCUUCAGUUCCAGAACGUGCGGCGGGUGGUGCAGAUCUUCCGGAUCAUGCGGAUCCUGCGCAUCCUCAAACUGGCCCGCCACUCCACGGGCCUCCAGUCCUUGGGGUUCACCCUGAGGAGGAGCUACAACGAGCUGGGCCUGCUGAUCCUCUUCCUGGCCAUGGGCAUCAUGAUCUUCUCCAGCUUGGUCUUCUUCGCCGAGAAAGACGAGGACGACACCAAGUUCAAGAGCAUCCCGGCCUCCUUCUGGUGGGCCACCAUCACCAUGACCACCGUGGGCUACGGGGACAUCUACCCCAAGACGCUCUUGGGGAAGAUCGUGGGGGGGCUGUGCUGCAUCGCGGGGGUCCUGGUGAUCGCCCUCCCCAUCCCGAUCAUCGUCAACAACUUCUCCGAGUUCUACAAGGAGCAGAAGAGGCAGGAGAAGGCCAUCAAGCGGCGGGAGGCGCUGGAGAGGGCCAAACGCAACGGCAGCAUCGUCUCCAUGAACAUGAAGGACGCUUUCGCCCGGAGCAUCGAGAUGAUGGACAUCGUGGUGGACAAGAACGGGGAGACCCCGGGGAAGAAGGACAAGGCCCAGGACAACCACCUGUCUCCGAGCAAGUGGAAGUGGGCCAAGCGGACCUUGUCCGAGACCAGCUCCAGCAAGUCUUUCGAGAUGAAAGAGCCCGGCUCCCCCGAGAAGGCCCGAUCGUCCUCCAGCCCUCAGCACCUGAACGUCCAGCAGCUGGAGGACAUGUAUCAGAAGAUGGCCAAGACCCAGUCUCAGCCCAACCUCAUCACCAAGGAGCCCGCCCAGCCGGGGAAAGCCAAGGAGGAGUUGGAGAUGGACAGCCUGCCCGGCCCGGCCGGCCCGGCUCUGCCGGCCCGCGCGGAGGGCGUCAUCGAUAUGAGGAGCAUGUCCAGCAUCGACAGCUUCAUCAGCUGCGCCACGGACUUCCCCGACGCUUCCAGGUUCUCCCACAGCCCGCUGGCCUCCCUCCCCUGCCCGGCGGCCGGCGGCCGGGCCCAGGACCCCGGCCGGCCGGGGGGGCCCGAGGCUGGGCUCCCCGAGGGGCCUCACGCCACCCCGGACGGCGGUCGCCGUUCCGGCUUCUUCAUCGAGAGCCCCAGGAGCUCCCUGAAGGCCGGGAACCCCCUGAAGCUCCGCGCCCUCAAAGUCAACUUCCUGGAGGGAGACCCCGGGCCGCCGCCGGCCCCGGCCGGCCUGGGGGUGGCCGCCGACCCCCUCGGGCCCCGGGGAGCCGCGGCCGCCGCCGUGGCCGGGCUGGACGGGGCCGGGCUCUCGGACCGGCCCCUGCGGAGCCCGGAGUCGUCCCUGUACACCACGGCCAGCGCCAGGACGCCGGUCAGGUCUCCCGAGAGACGCCCGGCCAUCGCCUUCAGCUUCCACGAGUCCGGGAUCCACAGGUACAUCGACGCCGACACGGACGACGAGGGCCAGGGGCUCUACGGGCCGGACCCCGGCGUCCCCACCGCCCUGCCCGGAGCCGCCAGCCCCCGCUACGCCGUCCCCAACAGCGGCUACCCCAGGCGGAGGGACGGGGGGUACAGGGCGGAGAACAACCACCUCGAAAGCUCCCCUCUCCCCACCUCCCCGUCGACGUUUCUAGGGCAGAACUGCGUUUACUCCAUGGAGGCGUUGACGGGGACAAGCCGGGGCGGUCAAGAAAAGCUCAAACUCGAGAACCACAUCUCCCCCGAGGUCCGCGUCUUACCGGGGGGCGGAGGGCCCCCCGGACCCCACGAUCAGAGCAUCUGAGGCCGCCCAUCGGAGUCUCGCUGGGAGGCUCCGGGUGGACGCUGGGGCCUUCAGCCGCCGUCCACCUUUUCCGCGUGGCAAGGGUCUUUGGGAUGAAACAGACCGGCCGUUUCUAAAGAGGAAAAAUCCCGACAACCCCCGGGGAGGGCACCGAGCGGACAGAUCCCAGGCCCUCCCCCGGGACGACCUCGCGGCGAGGGCAGACUAUCGGCACGAGGCCUUCCUCAGAGCCCGUGGGAUCCCAGUUCUCCACCAUCGCCACCUCCACCGACUCCGCGCCUCGGCCCUCUCGACCUCCGACGGCGAUACCUCCCGGGUUCCUGACGAAGGGCUGAGCGGGACGGACGGGCAUGGAGGUACGGCUGUUCGGAAAAAACAAACCCACCACCCUCCCGGUCUCUGGCCGACGUCAGGCCGAAAGACCACGGGAAAUGCUUGCAACGUGGGGCUGUCUCAGCUCAUCUAAGUCCAGGUUCUGGUGCGCAGCUAAACCAGUGCUCCACCUGUUUCCACUAUUCUGUAGGACCUGAGCUUUUACUUUCAAGUAACGAGCAGGGUGAGUUGCACCACUUGUAUCUGAUUCACAUCUCCCUCCCCCUCUCCCACCCUCCCCAUCCCGUCCCCUCCCCAGAGCAGUUAGUAAGGUUGGCACUUACCCAGACCUUCGAACUCGUCCACCGAGUUAGUGCCGUGGGAGAAAAGGAAAAGGUUGUUGGGUCUCCGCCUUUCCGGCCGUAAAUAGAACGGAAUCACAAGAUAUGCAAACGUUAAAUAUGCAAAAGAAAUCGAUUACUCCGGGCGAACGGAGGUAGUGCUAAAGAAUAAUUUACUGAAAUUUUGAUCGCCGAGGUUAAACAACCCGAGAGCAACGGGCCAUUUCGCCUCGGACGGGUCCAUCUCCCGGGAUAGGUCCGUCCACUGUUAAAGGAGAUCGCUUCGGGGGUCUCGUACUAGUAGAAAUGAAAAAGAGCACUUUAUGUUUUUGCAGAGUUGAGAUGAAAAGGACAUUGUAAACAUCUAGCACUUUAAAAGAAGCACUAUUCUAAAUGCCUCCCGUUGCGACCGUGAUGGGCGACUUACACAGCAGUAACAAGCCACACCAGAGUUGGGGAACUUUGUGCUGCUAACACUUCCAUGUUGGGUCCGCGUCUGUGUUUUUUUUUCCCCCCUACGAAAUCCGUCCGCCCGUGGGUCGGAAAUAGUCAAGGCACGAGUUUGACCUAAGCUGGCUGGCCGUGGGCACACGAGGAGGACGGGGUCCGUCACGAUAAGAGCAGCCAGACGUCUCCGGGAGAAACCGAGGCCCGUCGGAGUCGGACGUCUCUCUCCGUUCCUCCUCUCGUAGAUGGGUUCGUGGCUCGGUUUCCGGAACCGGGGGACCGAACGGCUAAACCGGGGCCCCCGUUUCCGGAGACUGGUGGGAGCUGGUGCGGCGUGGCCAGACAAAAGCAAUAAGCCCACGUGCGCGUUGUAAACGGUUCUGGUUUGUCACACGGUUCCGCCAUUUUCCCCGCCUCAUCUCUCCCGGGUUCUACGUCCUCGUCGAUGUUUUAGUGUACCUAAAUUCCCUUGGAGAGAAGGUCAAGCCCUUGUUCUUCAACGAAUAACACCGGAAAUACCCAAUACGUAGCUGGGCUUAGCGAGGUUUCCUCCGAGUACCAUCCAGUCGAUCCAAGCGUACUUAGGGGAAUGAAUGCAAAGCGUCACUGAGAUAGUCGGUUGCCGCUGAGCAAUUAUCAACCGGGAAAUUGAAAGAGACUUUCCGACAGGGAAGCUCCGAAUGUGGAAUAUUUCUGUGGGCUGCCGGGCUGCGAAAUAGGCGAUGAGGGUAAUCUUCCCUCAGCCAUCCUCAGCACGUUCUCUUUGUUUCCAUCACCGUCGUGUCCGCCAUCAGCACAAAUGUGAAAAUUCAGGGAAAAUAGCUUUUUUGAUAAAGUAAAUAAUAGUGAUUUCCGAUUCAGAUAUUUUUAAGAGCUGAUGCUAUUGUGUAAAAAAAAAAAAAGAAAUCUAGAGUAUUUUUCGUAUCAGGAAAGCGAACACAUUUAAAUAUAGCCAUACAGUAGGGGGGCUUGCUCCCCCAUGGUUCCAAAUGAGGGGUUUGAUUUUCAGCUGGCGCUAGCAAAAAGCGUAGAGGUCAACUCUGAGGUGUCUCUUAUCUUUUCCUUUUCUUUUUUUCUGAAAAAGAAAUCAACUGGUGCAACUCUCCUGUAGCUUAGGAUUGCAAUCUGAUCUCAUCUAUUGAGUCUUACUUUAAAGGAGCAUUUUAUUGAGUCACUUUUGAAGGAUGAAUUCAGAAGUAUCAUUAAAAACCUACCUUUUAAGGCUUAAUAGCCAAAGCCCUAUAGAUUUCUUAUAGAAACAGAAUAAUUGAAACGGCAUAUAAUAUGCUUAAAGAGCGAUUUCGAUAUUGUUGGGUUUUUGGUUUUGGUUUUUGUUUUUUUUUUUUACUUAUUUUGGGUUGCGGAAAAAUGUAGCUCUCGUUCCCAGCUCUAGACGAAAAUACGACCGAUCCAAAUAAAGAACUGAUGUAAAGUAUGUAUAUGCACACACACACACACACACACACACACACACAUAUAUAUGUACGAUGCAUAUAUGUUACAUGCACACUGGGAAAUCUACUUAGGAACCAUGAAAAGCUAGACCAGGCUCCCAAGUCUGGCUUCAUUCCCGGAGAAAAGGCCGUGCUCUAAAGAAAAUAAUGCUGACCGCAUCCCACAGGUACUUCAAGUGUAGGUCCGUUGGACAGUUCGUUCGAAAUUCAUGACCCUGACCACCAACGCAGAGGGAGAAGGGACCCCGUUCGGGAUUCUGAGCACCUUCGGAACGGAGAUGGGGAGGGCGGGAGGGCGGGGGGCGCCGAGACCCUCCCUCUCCGGGGGCACCGUCCAGCACGCGCAGCUGUGGGGAAGUCGAGGAUCCGUUAUCAACCGGCUCUUUGGCGGAAUGGGGGAAGGGACCCCCGGAGUCUGCCGUCACACGGUCCUCCUCCAAGCCGACCCUGAAGAAACACGGGACCCGGCCCGAGGCGGGGACCCGGAGACCGAGAGAAGGACGGUCUCGUCGACGCUUCGCUCCUUGCGAAGGGAAACGACAGCACGUGGUGGCGGUAGAUUUCUCAGUGCCUUUUUCUCUUAGAAAUUUCACCUAAGCACACUAAAGGGGAGAGACGAAAGGAAAAAGAAAAGGAAAGAAAUACAGAAGAAAACAGAACCUUCGCUCCCCUGAAUCUCACUUCCUCGGAAAGCGUUGAGGAGACGGGGUAAAAAAAAACAAACAACACGAUGGAAGGUGAACCGGCCAUCCCUUUGUAGUUUCCGGGCCUACGCCUGACAAUUACAAUUGGUGCAGACCUCUCAGACCUGUCAACCGGACUCAUUAGUUCCUUUGGUGACUGUAGCCUUCUCUUCCCUCGCAGCUAAUAUGGGAAACCUUUAUAAGAAGAAAAACAGAACAGUAUUCUCUGCUGUAAAAUUGUAAUGUAUUGUUAAUAUUUGUAUCUACUGUAUAUUUGUGUCUUGACAAGAAUUAUGGCUGGUACGGUUUAUAGUCAAUGAACAGGUGUAUUUAAAACUCGCUACCACGACCCAAGAUCCCUAAAGCCAGAUUCUCUCUCUGUCAAUAAGUUCUGCAUAACAUUAUCCGAGAUAGUUUCUAAAAGGCAUUUAAAUGAUAACUCGAGCAAAGAAUAGAACUUCAGAGCUGAACGAAGGAGCCAAGCAGCAAAACCUGGGCGGCGCAUAUGUGCUUGCAUCAGUCGGUAAUGCGUCUGCAAAGGAUUGCUAGUGUCCCUCCAAGCGAAAUAAAAGAGAUGUUUUAUUUCCUCAGCUGAAGUUUCAUAGCCUCUCGGUCAUGACUCUUAAAGGUAACCAAAUCGAACCAUGCACUACUGUAGAUUGCUUUAGGAUCACCCAAUCAGGGAGAAUAUGGCUUUAAUUAAGCUCCUUAAUAAGUACAGAAGUUCUAGUUACCUCUGUAUUUUCUGUUUGCCAUUGUGUUGGCUCUAUAGGUAUCUGAUGUACGGAGAGUCACAUGACUUUCGAGCAUCCCAGAAUAGUCUAUUUUUCUGUUCAGAUAAAAUAUAUAUAUAUAUAUGUAUUUUUAGCAAAUUUAUAAUAGGGCAACUGAGUCAAAUUUCUUCUUUUUGUAUUACAGAAUAAUAUAUUAGAAGCUUUACU